AAGAGCGAUAAUUGUUAUUGUUAGCUUGUUAGCUAGCAGACGAACUGGUGAAUGGAGAUAUGACAGAGUAAUAACGUCUUAUUACAUGUGCACGAUUAAGUUAUUACAAACGUAAAGUGAUGGAGGACGGAAACAGGACUGAUGCUGCUUCCACAUCCAAGAGCCAUGCAGGCUCACUCCACCUGCAGACUCCAAAAAACGAGGACGCCUAUGAAAUUGCCAUCCCCUAUGAAGAGAGCAACUUUGAGCAGCAAGGAUUUUUCAACCAGAGUGAUCAGAAUUUUGAUGAGUCGCCCCCAUCUGCUGGCACGUCUCAAUUAAACAACUCAUACAUGGUGAUCACCAACCUGCGGACCCAGCUACAGAUCUUUCUGGAGAAAAACUCUUGGCUGCAGAAAAGAAUUGAGGACUUGGAAGAGGAGAGGGACUUCCUCCGUUGCCAGCUAGACCGCUUCAUCUUUUCCACAAAGAGCCAGGGACGGGAGCAGAGUCAGAGCCAGUACAGUAACGGCUACGAAUCCAGACGAUUCAACUGGAGGGUAAGAAGAGAGGAAGAUCGUCCUGUUGAACAGAAGACAGAGUUGCAGCAUUUCCCCUCACGUCAGUUUAUCCAACGAAGGCCUGGUCCUCUAACCAUGGUGCCUUCCAAAACCAUGGGGGGGGGGGGGGAUUUGUUACUUAAUUGAUAAUACUUAUGAGGGGGGAAAUUGGAGGGGAAAAAACUUAUGUUGUGGGAUUUUUUUAUGUUGUCAUCAGAUUCACUUUCACUCUUGGGAGAAUCUGAUGAGUACUUGGAACAGGACGGUUACCUCGAGGAGGAGGAAAUGAUAUCAGGGGAAGAUGUAAUGCAAGAUACCAUUAACAGCAACAGACAUCAAUUAAAAAGGAGGCGGGUCUUCCGAGCCCCUAGAGAGCGACAGAGAGUGAAAGAUGCGGCUGGAGUGCUGUUUCGCUACAAGAAGAUCCUGCUUACAUACCAGCGUCUGAAAAACAUGUCGAAAGCCUUCCAAAUCCAUGGUGUGGACCGCAAUACGGUGGCUUCCACCACACCCAUUGCUGAACUGCUACUAGUGGCCCCAGAGAAGGUGGCAGAGGUGGGCGAGUUUGAUCCAUCCAAGGAGAAGCUACUGGACUAUGCCCGGCGCUGCUACACUGCCCUGGAUGAGGAGACACUUAGCAGGGUGCAGGCCCUGAAGAAAAAUAACCUGCUCCUGCCCAUCUCCUACAGGUUUAGACACUGAGGAGAGAAAGACAGUGGAGUUGGUGGUUAAGUGUGGAGAGAAGAGGCAGUUAUUUUUUGCUGCAGCAGGCCAGCUCACCUCCGAGAGAUGCCAAGAGGCAGGAGGAAUUAUUUUGCUAUCUCAGCGUCCCGAUUAUGGCCAUGUAAACUGCGGCAGAGAUCCUUUACUUUUCAAACAAUUACACUUUUCCAAUUUCAUUUUUAUUAUCAAAAGGGUGUCAGUUUCUUUGACAAAUCCUCCUCGCCAUUGUUCCAUAUUGAGGAUAUGGGAGUGCCUGCUGUAGCCGGAAAGGGAAAAAACAUGGUUCUCAUUGCUCAAAGAGCAAAAAUGGCAUGUCUGUGUGAUUUAGAAUUUGUGUACAAGAAUGUGUCUUUACUAUUGGGAUUAAAGAGGGGAUUGCCUUUCUUCAGUACUUAGCUGGUGUAAUCAUCUUAGCUCAUUCAUGUUUCAGCCUCAGUGUUCGCAGAGACACACAGACCUUUGCUUUCCUGAACAAAAUUAUGCUGCACUCCAUAGAUUUUGUAGAAUUAUACUGUAUGUUUAUAUUUCUCUGUGUGUCUUUGUUGUAAUAUUUUUGGCAUUGUCAUUAUAUCCUCAACUAUUUUCACUUGCUUUAAUGCAAUUUAUGUCAUGUCCUGGUGUGAGACAGUUUUGGUCCACUUUCACUCCCUGAAUACACUACUUUUUCCUUUCUUUUGGUUUAAAUGAGGGGCGAACUCUUAAAGAGUAGGACAUAUAACAAACUGACUAUAAAAUGUGUUUGUUUUUUUACAGUAACAUACUUCUGGCAACAAGAUCCACUUGUUUAUAGUUUAAAAUCAAAGACAGACAACACCUGUUGGUCUUGGGCCCAGUUUUAACAGCAAUACUGCUGCAUUACUCUGUUGUUCCACUAAGGGUUGUACCAAGCCUUUUUUGUAAAUGAUCCGCACUAAAAUGUUUCACUUCUUAUGCUUCUGGUAUUGAGGCUCUUGCUGUAAUGCAUUCGUGGCAACAAUACCUUUUGUAAAAGAGUAAAGAGCAUUUACUAUACUAGCUAUAUGUAACUUUGUGUAACUUCUGGUUCUGUGAGAAAAACUGUGGGCAUUAACUACACAACACAAACAUGUUACAGUUUGAGUUACAGAAUCAGCAAAAGCAACUAGCUUCCCAAUGCUCCAGUAGAAGUACCCAAUGUCAAUACCUUAGGAGUAAAUCUCAUCAGAGUCAGUGAACCAAUAAGCAUGCAGCAAGCUUCUACUAAGAUCUAAUAAUGCUGGGAUUUACUGUCUAACAUUACACGUUGUAAAGGCAUGCAGGAAAAACCCUGUUACGCACAGAGACAGAGAGAAAAGAUUUGUGCUGUAAUGUGUAAUGUUGUAAUUUCUUUUUGUUUUAUAAAAUGUUGGUAUCGAAAAAAAGUAACGUUUUUGAAUCGGUAUCCAAGUCACAGUAUUGGCAUCGGUACCGGUAUCAAAAACCUUUGAACGAUACCCAGCCCUAUAGUUAAUAGAGAUCUAGUCAAAAUUUUCAAAGCAGCAAACAUUAAUUAUAUUGUACACUAAUGUGUGGUGUUUAUACCAGUACAGUAACAUUGUGAGAUCUCUUAUAUUAAAACAGAUUAGGUAACAGUGGAAUACAGUGGCUUUUGACUUAAAUUUUCCUAAAAGUAAACAGAUAGGUACUUCAAUCUGUGGAAGUUAUGCCACUGUCUGAUUGUUUGUAUGACUAAAAAGCAAACAGUGCACGGUGCCGUGCAAGUGCUAAGAAGAAUUUGUAAAACCAUUCCAGGGUACAGUGUUUAAAAAAAAACAGUAAUCCGUUUUUUCUCAUUUGUAUGUCUCAUAUUUAUAUCUGUUGAGUAUAAUGUGUAUCUCACUGAAAGUUGCCUAUCACUCACCAAAUGUAUAGUAAGACACACAGGUCAUUAAAGUAUUUGAUUUUUUACAAAAAUGUAGAUUUAUUUAUCUGUAAUAUCCAACAUUACCAUUCACUGAAAAAUGCUUAUGAUUGGGGAGUAAAUUGCUAACAAUUUCUGUAGUAUGUUUUACCCUGUCUGUGGGAAAGACAGGCUAAGACAAGGUGUUCCUUCAGCCAUUGGCAUAUCCCACAUAUACAGUAUAUGUAUAAUCCCACCCAUUACAUAUAUAGUACAUACAUUGUGUGCAAAAAUGAUUUAUUUAUUCUCUUUUAAGCAUCAGAAACUGGGCAACUAUAUAAUGCAGUAAAUGGUCUUUUAGAUAAAAGAAAAUCUGGCUUUCCUUUGAGCACUUUAUUUUGUAAUUUCCAGUUAAAGCAAUGUGGUCAGAAUUCUAUCAUGUCAUAAAAAGUUUGUGAUUUUUUUGUAAAUUUGAUAAACCCAGGUUUUUGAAAUUCAAUAAAUUUGACGGACAGCAA